UGUAAUCGGAGUUCGCCAAGAAGAUGGACUCUCCGCUUGAAAUUGUAUCUAUAUAAGUAUAAAGAUCCAACAGGAUAAACCCUCCAAUGAAAUGACGCCUAAACCAUUCAACUUUCCCGCCAAACGCACUACUUCCCUUUUCCUGUUAACCGCGGCCGCCGCCGCCGCAACCACUACCACCACUUCCGCCGACGACGCUGAAGCUGUUUACUCCGGCGAGCUGUCUCAUCUCCCCGCAUUAUCCGCCGCUAAAAUCGGAGCCGAAAUCCAUGGCCUCGUCCGCACGGCUCGCACCAUCUCCGCGGUUGCUUCCACUGUUUUUGACUACGAAUUCUCGUUGCGCACCCUUCAAAAGGACUCCGAUCUGUAUCGUCAAGAAAUUUCUCAGGUUCAUCUACGCUCUGCCAAGAGGUUUCUCAAGUUAUGCGAAGCCAACAAAGGUUUUUAUGUGAAGGCUGGACAGUUUGUUGCGGCGCAAAAAGUGCUGCCAAAAGAGUACUCAUCAACUUUGUCCACAUUACAGGACCAGGUUGCUACUCUUCCUUUUAAAGAUAUUGAGAAAGUGUUAAAAGAUAAUCUCGGACCUGAUUUCUCUGAGAUGUUUUUGUCAAUUGAUGAAAAACCUAUAGCCGCUGCAUCUAUUGCUCAGGUUCACCGUGCAGUGCUGAAAAGUGGUCAUGAAGUAGCAAUCAAGGUGCAAUACCCUUGGAUAGAGAAGCAGAUGAAUUUUGAUACAAGAACAAUGUAUUUCCUAUCGAAAACUAUUUCAUGGUUAUACCCUCAAUGCAGGCUUGAGUGGCUACCAUUAGCGUUUGCCAAGUCUGUGUCUUCAGAACUUGAUUUUGUUCAGGAGGCAAGGAAUUCUGAGAGAGCAGCCAAAAACUUAAGAUACAACAAAAUGGUCCGGAUUCCUCAUGUAUUCUGGGAGUUGACAACAAGGCAAGUCCUAACUAUGCAAUUUUGUGCAGGACACAAGAUUGAUGACUUGGACUUUCUGAAUCAGAUUGGGGUUGAUCCAGAAAAGGUAGCAAAAUCACUGAUUGAGCUGUUUGCUGAAAUGGUAUUUGUGCAUGGUUACAUACAUGGUGAUCCACACCCUGGUAAUAUAUUAGUUUCUCCCGAAGCUUCUAAUGGUUUCUCUUUGGUUCUUCUGGAUCAUGCAGUCUACAGGGAGUUGGAUGAAGAAUUUAGAAAAGACUUUUGUCAGUUAUGGGAAGCUUUGAUUCUCAAGGACUCAGAGAAAAUAAUCUCGCUUGGUGAGCGAUUUGGUGCUGGGAAGUAUUCUAGAUACUUACCUAUCAUUUUCACUGGAACAACUAUUGAAAGCAAUUCUGCUUUUGGAAUAUCAAACAAGGAAAAAGGGACCGUGAAACAAGAGUUGAAAUCUCUUUUGUUUGAAGACUUAUCUUCGUUCAUGGAGUCACUGCCCCCAGAUUUUAUUGAUAUAACGCGUGUGGAUGCGCUGUUAAGGUCUAUCAUUAGAAAGAUGAAUGUCUCACGGGUCAUCAGGUUGCUAACUUACACCAAAUAUGCUGUGUAUGGUCGUCUCUGUCCAAAGUUGGAUGGUGAAUCGGAUAAAAUUCCCGGAACAAACUUUUAUUUUGCUGUGAAAGCUGGUUUUUUCAGUUUCAUAUCAACGUUAAAAUAUCUUCACAUCCUAAUAAAGGUCCUUAUCGGGGCCAUUGACGGUAUCCCUUGGCUGCAGCAGGUAAAGAAUGUACUGAAUCACUUGUAUAGCAAGAUCAGUGCUGACUCUUGUGGCCUCCUGGUGCAUUCCGUUUUUCUUCUUUUAUGUAUCCGUCCAAAAGCAUUAUUUUAAGGGAAAAAUAUUUGUCCUUUUAAAUGAUAACUUAUGUCAUUUUACUCUCACAAAGAGGUGAGACCCAUAUCUUUAUAUUUUUUUGUCAACUCUCUUUCUUCCUUUAUCUAUUUUUUUUCUUCAACACUAACUCAUUGGAGUGAGUAGAAAAAAAAAAUGGGAUUCAAAUGGCAUUAACAGGA